CCUUUCCGGCGGUGAAGACCUCCUCACGAGAACAUGCCUCUCGCAAAGGAUCUCCUCCAUCCCUCUCCAGAAGAGGAGAAGAGGAAACACAAGAAGAAGCGCCUGGUGCAGAGUCCCAAUUCCUAUUUCAUGGAUGUGAAAUGCCCAGGAUGCUAUAAAAUCACCACGGUUUUUAGCCAUGCACAAACGGUAGUUUUGUGCGUUGGCUGCUCCACUGUCCUCUGCCAGCCUACAGGAGGAAAAGCAAGGCUUACAGAAGGAUGUUCCUUCAGGAGGAAGCAGCACUAAAAGCACCCUGAAUCAAGAUGAGUGGAAAACCCUCCCAAUAAACACAUUUUGGAUAUAUCCUGUUUAUUGUCUUGUUUAACUGCUAGAAGUAUUCAGGGGGAACCAGAAGAGUGGAAUACUAGAAUCAUUUGGGGCAAAUUAAAAAUAGGAGACUACAGUGCUUACCUGCAUCAGACUUAUCCUUCAUAGCUCUCACUACCACAGCCUCACUUUGACUGGUGAGCACACAGGAAAUAUUGAUGAAAACAGGUGAUGCCAUCUGCUGGAAGGAAGUGAAGUUGACUACUCUUACAGGGUAGAUGGCCAGGCCAGGCGUGAGGGGAGAUUGCCUAUGGCCAGAGACCACUAGAACUGGGGAGCUGGGGAAGACCUGGGAGAAAAGAUAAAACAGCACUUGUUUGAAAGAGAAAAAAUCAAUAUGUUUUGUAUCAGUAUGUUCCAAUCUCAAAUAUACAGUAUAAAGAAUUAUCUGGAUUUCUAGCUAGUCAGCUGACACUAUAAAAGUCAUUUACUUUUUCACCCCCUUAGUAUGUUGAAGGAUAAAGGAAGAAAAUAAGCUGUGAGAAUAAAAUAGACUUCAAAAACAUUUAAAAUCAGAAUUCUAAAGAUUGUUUUAAAGAUGUGUUUAAAGGUGUAUUUUAAAGAUGGUGUUAUCUUCCAGACUGACAAAGCUCAUGACCUAUCUUUUGGACUCAGAGCCUGCCUGGCAUUGUGAAGGGGUCAGGUUUUCUUCACUGGAUUUAAGAAUUUCCUAUGGUGAUUUUUAUGAGGUCACUCAGUAACUUCCUUUACCCUUGGAAUGAGAAUAAAAAAUCUUUUAAAAAUA